AUGGGAGCUCCCGGGGCAGGUGCGGUCCAGGGUCUCCCGCCAAGCAAUGGUGCCUUGACCAAGAUGCUGCAGCCGCUGGACUCCUGGAGCUCUCUCCGGGCCACAGGUUAGCUGCAGACUGCAGGCUAAGAGGUUUGGAGCCUGGAGGUCAGAGGACAGCCUUCUGGGUGGGAAUCUGGCACCGGGAAAGUCAGCAGAGCUGCCAGGUAGCACACUGCGGCUUCCGCCCAAGGAUGUGGAUUGUUGCAUGCCUACCUAAUCUUUGAAAGGUGAGCAACUUCCGGGGUUCCAGCAGUUACUCAGGGUUCUGUUGCCUUGGAAUGAAGGUCAGCGGAGACAGUGGUAGAUUUAGGAUACAUGGUUUUAUUUUCAUGUACAGACAACCUGGGCGUAAGAUGGAGAGGCUCUAACAUGGGACUGAAACUGCCUUGGUCGCGCUGGUCGAUGAUCUCCGGCGGGCUAGGGACAAAGGUGAGAGCUGUUUCCUAGUUCUGCUGGAUCUCUCAACGGUGUUUGAUACCACUGACCAUAACAUCCUUCUGGACUGUCUAGAGGGGCUGGGAGCUGGAGGCACUGUCAUACAGUGGUUCCGCUCCUUCCUCCUGGGCCGUGUUCAGAAAGUGGUGGUGGGGGAUGAGUGUUCAGACCCCUGGGCUCUCACUUAUGGGGUGCCUCAGGGUUCCAUCCUCUCCCCCAUGAUUUUUAAUAUCUACAUGCAGCCGCUGGGAGAGAUCAUCAGGGGCUUUGGGCUGGGUGUCCAUCAAUAUGUGGAUGAUACCCAGCUCUACCUCUCUUUCAAAUCAGAACCAGUGAAGGCGGUGAAGGUCCUAUGUGAGUGUCUGGAGGCGGUUGGAGGAUGGAUGGCGGCUAACAGAUUGAGGUUGAAUCCUGACAAGACAGAAGUACUGUUUUUGGGGAACAGGAGGUGGGCAGGUGUGGAGGACUCUCUGGUCCUGAAUGGGGCAACUGUGCCCCUGAAGGACCAGGUGCGCAGCCUGGGAGCCAUUUUGGACUCACAGCUGUCCAUGGAGGCGCAGGUCAAUUCUGUGUCCAUGGCAGCUGUUUACCAGCUCCAUCUGGUACGCAGGCUGAGAUCCUAUCUGCCUGCGGACUGCCUUGCCAGAGUGGUGCAUGCUCUGGUUAUCUUCCGCUUGGACUACUGCAAUGCGCUCUGUGUGGGGCUACCUUUGAAGGUGACCCAGAAACUACAACUAAUCCAGAAUGCGGCAGCUAGACUGGUGACUGGGAGCGGCCGCCGAGACAACAUAACACAGGUCUUAAAAGACCUACAUUGGCUCCCAGUACGUUUCCGAGCACAUCUGGUGGGAGAGCCUUCUCGGUGGUGGCACCCGCCCUUUCACCAGAUGUCAAAGAGAACAACAACUACCAGGCUUUUAGAUGACAUCUGAAGGCAGCCCUGUUUAGGGAAGUUUUUAAUGUCUGAUGCUGUAUUGCUUUUUAAUAUUCAGUUGGAAGCCGCCCAGAGUGGCUGGGGAAACCCCACCAGAUGGGCAGGGUAUAAAUAAAUUAUUAUUAUUAAUAUUAUAAUUAUUAUUAUUAUUAUUAAACACAGAUCUUGCUUCUCCAUUAGUCACAGCUGUGGAUCCAGCACAGAGCAAGGAGGUCUCUGUGUAUCCAGUUUCCAACCAGCUCAGCUGUCACACACCACACCUGGCUAUUCUUCUCCUGGGAUUUCCACCUGCAAUCAUGUCGACUAACAUGCCAAUGUGGGGAGGGGUGAUUUUCAGCAGGACUGGUGGGUGAGAGAGGAGAGAAUCUUAUGCAUUUCUUUCUACUACAACUUUGAUGAAAACCACCCCAUCCCAAGACGUAGUCCUAUUGAAAACCAUCUCUUUCCCUCCCUAUGCUAUGCCUGCCAUUCAUUCUUUUGAAAAUCUUGUGCAAUUGCAAGUUGGACCUCCAAGUCCAAACUAGGGGUACAACAGAACUGGAAGGGUGAGGGGGUUCCUUCAAAAACAGAAUGGCUGAACAAAUUGGUAGAAUUUGCUGAAUUGGCUCAAAUGACAAACAGGCUGAGAGGUAAUGUUAACCAAAAAAUUAUUCAAAAAUGGGACAUGUUCAAGAACUACUUUAAAAAAAAAAUACCAUAUUUUUCACUCUAUAGGACACACUUUCCCCCCUCCAAAAAUUAAGGGGAAAUGUGUGUGCGUCCUAUGGAGCAAAUGCAGGCUCCUUGGCUUCAGCGAUAGCAACACGAAGCCUCCGAAGCGCAGAGGGAGCGCUCCCUCUGUGCUCCGGAGGCUUUGCGUUGCUUUCGCUGAAGCCUGGAGUGUGAGAGGGGUUCUCCAGGCUUCAGGGAUAGCCGCCUGAAGCCUUUGGAGUGCAGUGGGAACUCGCACUGUGCUCUGAAGGCUUCGGGUUCCUUUUGCUGAAGCCGGGAGAGCAAGACUCUCCCGGCUUCAGCAGAGAGGGAGAGGUGCGCAGCGCCCCUUCAGCAAAGCGGGAGGAGAAAUGGAAGGGGCUCCGUUUCUCCUGCCGCUUCGCUGAAGGGGCGCUGAGCAGAGAGGGGAGAAUUUUUUUCCCUGUUCUCCCCCUCCUAUGGUCCGGUGCAUCCUAUGGUCCGGUGCGUAGAGCGGAAAAUACGGUAACAGUCGUGUGGCUUCUUUGACAGCACAUGAAUGAUUUCUGUUUACAUGAAUGAAAAGGUUCUAAAAUUUAGUAAGGAACUUUAAGAUACUAUAAUUAGUAUAAUGUUAAGUUUUGUACAACAGGAAAGUAGAAAAGGUAAAAGCAUUGGGGGUGGGAAGUCUCAUGUGUAUAUAUGUAGGUGAAAUAUACUCAGAGUCGCAAAGUGAUUUCAUGCUCUUUAUUCAGCUCAUAGUGGUGAGGAGGAAUGAGUGAAUGUCCCCUCAAAGUAUCUGCUUUAUAUACAUUAUUUACACAAUGGGCUGCACAUGAUUGGCUAAUUCUGGAAUUCUACUGUAAGCCAGUCAGGUUGUGGAUUCACUUCUAUCUGGAGCAUGAUUGGGUAGUUCCUGCCAACCAAUCAUACUGCUGCAUUGUUCUAGGACCAAUCAGACUGCUGCAUUCUGAAUCCUAUUGUUCUAGGACCAAUCAGACUGCUGCAUUUUGGAUCCUAUUGUUCUAGGACCAAUCAGACUGCUGCAGUUUGGAUCCUAUUCAACUCAGUACAUAACAGUAGGAGUGUAUGGUGAAUUGUAUUUUGAAUUGACACUGUUUUGUAAUCCCCCCCAAAAGACCAUAUAUAAUUAUAGUGGUACCUCUGGAUGCGAACGGGAUCUGUUCCGGAGCCCUGUUCGCAUCCUGAUGCAAAUGUAACAAUGCGACUGCACGUCUGCGUGUGUGCGGGUCAUGUUUAGCCGCUUCCGCGCAUGCACAUGAUGUCAUUUUGAGCGUCUGUGCAUGCGUGAGCAGCGAAACCCAGAAGUAACACGUCCGUUACUUCCGGGUCGCCGCGGAGCGCAACCCAAAAAUAUUCUUGCCAAAGCUACUUCAACCCAAGGUAUGACUGUAUGUUAUCUUAUCAAGUAAAUUCAAUAAAAAAUUAAAAGCAAAACCCCCCCAAAAAACAAACUAUGGGUGCACACUUUGAUUGACUAAAUCAAUCAAUCAGCCUGAGGCUUUCAGCCUGAGAAGAGCUAUGCUGGCAGGGGGCUUAUGAGAGUUGUAGUUUAAAACAUGGCUGUGCUAGCCAGGACUCAUGGAAGUUGUAGUCUAAAACAUUCCUGUGUUGCAGGAGUUGGACUAGAUGGCCCUUGGGCCAAUUGUAUUCUGUGGUUCUAUAUGGCUGUCCAGCACAUGGCUGUGCCGGUGUGGGGCUGAUGGGUGCUGUAGUCCAAAGCAUGGCCAGCUGGCAGGGGUUGAUGGGAGUUGUAGUCCAAAACAAUCCAGAGCAGCGGUUCUCAACCUGUGGGUCCCCAGAUGUUGGACUACAACUCCCAUCAUCCCUGAGCUCUGGCCUUGCUAGCUAGGGGUGAUGGGAGUUGUAGUCCAACAACAUCUGGAGACCCACAGGUUGAGAACCGCUGAUCCAGAGGAUACCAGGCUAGGGAAAGCUGCCUCCAUCCAGUUCACCCAUGGUUCCUCUUCCCCAUUCAUUUCCAGGGAAUGCACGCCCCCCCAGCCCUGUGGACCAUGGUGCUGCCUAGCAGAGGAAGAGCCUAGCGGAAGACCCCAGCCAUGUGUGUGGCCACCUUUGUGAUAGUGCUCUCAACCACUUACUACUUCUUGAUGACCGACCGGUUCCAUUCUGAGCUAAUUGCCUCCACCCGGUUCCUUGGCCCCUUGGCUGCCCCGCUCCUUGAUGUGCUGCGCAUCACCUCCGACCUAGGGCGCCACAUCGUCUACUUAUUCAUGUCUGGUGCCCUUGCCUUGCUGCUCUCUACGAUCUCCUCGUGGGUGCAGGAAAAGGUGCUGGAGGAGACAAAGAACGUGGGCUUUUCCUUAGGGUCGUGAAAUCAGCAGGGCUUGGAAACAGCCCUGUUGCAAAACAAGACAAUGUGGGAGCUUUCUAUUUGCCCCUAAACACUGCAAUAAACAUGCCUCCCCCUGCAUGGUGUUCUUCUAGCGUUAAGUCUUGGGUUUUAACUCCGUUGACAGCUAGGAAGACCCUAGCAAUUCGCACCAGGCAGGGACAUCUCCACUGUGGGUGGGUGGAAGAUAUUUAGCAGAGACAAAAGCUGGGGCUGCUAAAACGCCAAACAGCUCAGGGUGAAAACCUGCUCUAUAAUGUUGAAUUGGAACUAAUCAAUCACUUGGGUUUCCCAUGGAAUGCCGUUUGUUCCGAUUUAGCAGUAAAGAGCAGGUCUUCAUGCUCUGGGGCAAAAAAGAAAAAAGAAGAAGUGCUUGGACAGGGAGCUUUAAAGCACAGAGCCCAAGACUCCUUCAUUUCAGGGUCCUGGAUUUGAGACCUAUGUUGGGCAAAAAAAUUCUGCAUUGCAGGGGGUUGGUAUAGAUGACCCUCAUGGUCCCUCCCAAAUCUACAAUUCUAUGAUCUGUGCCUAGAAACACAGCAAAAAAGCACGUCUGAAUGAGCCCGGAAGACAGCUUUCUCUGGUCCUUUGUUGGUUUAGCGUUGCACCCCUUUGCCCAACAAAUCUGAGUUGGUAUUUAUUUAUUUUUUAAUUCCCAUUACUAAAAUUAGUCAUGAUGAUUCAGGAGCAGAUUAGUAUUGGGUUUUUUGGGGUGGCUCCCCGCCCCCCCCAAAAACCCUUCCCACUCAGAAUCUUGGCUGAGUUUUCUGGCCAGAGCUGAAUGAGAUCCUAACCACUGCCACCACCCCAUGGACCACAAGAGAGACAUACCCAUGGAGACAGUUCCCAGUUCCCAUCUGGACCGCUAGGCUAGCCACAUUAGGGUCUAGUAGGCUGUAUGAUGGAAGACCUCUUUGGGAGAUUCUAUUCCAGUAGUCACCCCAUGAUGACUUUAUGAAGGUUGACCUCCACUUCUUUUUCCAUUGUACUUUUCUGGAGGAGGGUCGUAGGGCAUUGGGUUCAAUAUCUGGCAUCUUCAGGUGGGGCUGGAGACGUCCCCCAUCUGAAACUCUGGGAAGCUCAGAACCUGGUCAACGGAGGAAAAAUCUGAAUGAGAGAGCGGGGUCCAGCUUCCCAAACAGGAAGUCUUCUCCAGGGUGGCCACCAGUCCCCAGCCAAAAGUUGAGGGCUUGCAGGGCUGCCAUUACCCAGCCAGCUGGGUUUGUGACAUCAGCAGUCAAGAAACAGAGUGCCCUUCCCAGGACAGCCACUCCCAUUAGGCCGGGAUGUGGUGUGGGAGACAUCUCUGCCCAAUGAACGGGUCAAUAAUUCAGACACGAGGACGGGCCUGGGGGUAACAUCUGAUGCUGAGCUCAGCCUAGAAGGGAGGUAAGUUGGGGCAUUCCUGCCAUGGGAGCCUGAAGAUCAUACCAUGGAUCCCAUUGCUCAUUUUUACCCCCGGUAUUAUGAAGGGGCAAGGUCCAUUCAUCCCAGCAUCCUGUUCUCACCAGAUGCCCCAAUGGGAAGCCUGCAAGCAACACACGAGUGAAAGAGCACCCUCCAUUAGUGUCCAACAACUGGUAUUUAGUGCUCAAUCAGAGCAAAUGUCAGUUUGAAUUUUCUCUGGAUUGCCAUUUGCUCUGAUUGAGCUUUAAAGAGCAGACUUUCAGGGAGAAUGCUACAGAGCAAAAAAAUAAAGGGCACUUGCACACAGGGCUUUAAAGCAUAGUCUAUGCCUGUAAAGGGGGCAUGGGUGGCACUGUGGUCUAAACCACAGAGCCUAGGACUUGCCGAUCGGAAGGUCGGCUGUUCGAAUCCCCGCGACAGGGUGAGCUCCCGUUGCUCGGUCCCUGCUCCUGCCAACCUAGCAGUUCGAAAGCACUUCAAAAUGCAAGUAGAUAAAGAGGUACCACUCCAGCAGGAAGGUAAACGGCGUUUCCGUGCGCUGCUGAGGUUCGCCAGAAGUGGCUUAGUCAUGCUGGCCACAUGACCCGGAAGCUGUACACCGGCUCCCUCGGCCAAUAAAACGAGAUGAGCGUCGCAACCCCAGAGUCGGUCACGACUGGACCUAAUGGUCAGGGGUCCCUUUACCUUUACCUUUAUGCCUGUAAAGAGCAGUGUGGAUAAACCCUAACUUGGGAUCCCGGUGUCUAAAAUUAGUCGUUCUUGCUGUUAUUAACAAGUCAGGGCAAAUCCACAUGGGGAGUCCUGCUGAUUCCCUGUAAAGCAUGCACGUACAUGUGUGUGUCUGGAUGUGUCGUAAAGUGCGUUAUGGGUGCAUAGGAGGAAGGUGCCAAACUCUCACACGUUUCUCCAUCUUUCAAACACCUCCUUUCUCUUUGAGUAGUCAUGAAGUCUCAGUGGGAGAACAUAAGAAGAGUCCAGCUGUUUGAUCAGGCCAACAGCCUCUUCUCACAAUGGCCAACCGGGUGCCUCUUCUGGGAAAUUUGCAAGCAGGAUUUGAGCCUAAGAGCCUUCUCCCCUCCUGUGGUUUCUGGCAACUGGUGCUCAGAAGUACUGCUGCCUCGGGCAGUGAGUUCUAGUGUCAUGAAGGGGGGAGGAAAACCUUUCUCAGUCUGCUUCCUCCGUGCCACGCAGAAUUUUAUAAACUUCUAUCACGUUGCCUCUUAAAUCCCCCUUUCUCUAUUCUAAAAAGUCCCAAACGUUGCAACCUUUCUUCAUCAGGGAGUCUCUCCAUCCCCUUGAUCAUUUUUGUCACUCUUUUCUGAACCUUCUCCAACUCUGCAAUGUCCUUUCUGAGGUGAGACAGCCAGAACUUGUGCACAGUACUGCAAAUGUGGUCAUGCUGUAGAUUUGCACAAUGGCGUUAUGUGUGAUGGCCUGGGACUCAGGCUCAGACUCUGAACCAGAGGAGUCUCAAUCCGCACCGGAUCCUUUGCCUCAGGCAUCAUCUGAACCAAGUCUGGGUCCUGAUCCCGAAGAGCCCCAGUCUGAACAGAUUCUCCUGCAACAAACACCAUCUGGGCCAAGUCAGGGGCCUGAGCCUGCCCUGGCUCCAGAUGCGGGGAUGACCUCGUUGCCUCCAGCUGGGCCAUCACUCACAGCUGCUCCACUACCAGUUGGGUCAGGGGAGGCUGAGGCGGCCUCUUGGUCUAGUAACCCACCAGUGUCUCCCGAGCUGCAGAGACUAAGGUCUGAGAGAAGGAGAGACCUGAGUACUCGCAGGAGGAGUCCUCGCCUUCGGGUGAGACAGGGAGGUGAGUCACCGGGGGAUCAGGACCAGCCAUUACCCCGACAAAGAUAAAAGGCUGUCGGACCCCACCCCAGGUUGCGGGAGCAACAUUGCUGUUUGCUAGAACCUGCCUGAGACCCUGUGCCUGACCCAGCCUGGUUUCCUGCCUUGACCCUGUUGGACUGACUCUUCGCGGAACCCUUGGAUUUGGGACCAGACCUGGACCGCGUUGCUCGGGUUUACCCCCGGGCCCAGCACAUUAUGAUCCCGGCAGUUUUUGUUUUCAGUUCUUUUCCUAAGGAUCCGUAGCAUGGAAUUUGCCUUUUUGACAGACUAAAAAGUCUGAAAUGCUGCAACCUUUCUUCAUAUGGGCGUCACUUCCCUUAUGGGCUGCCUAGUUUAGCAUCCUGUUCCCAUGAUGGUCAACCAGCUGCCUCUAGGAAGUCCACAAGCAGGGCGUGCGCCAAAUCAAUCAGUAUGAGCUGUCCUGCAAUGGAAUGGACCCCCUUGGGAGGUUGUGGACUCCUUCAUUAGAGGUUUUUAAGAAGAGUUUGGUUGGCCAUCUGCCACACACAAUCUAGUUGAGAUCCUUGCAUUGCAGGGGGUUGGACUAGAUGACCCUCAGGGUCCCUUCCAACUCUUCUACAGCUGGUGUUCAGAGACCAAUUUCUUCCAACCCUAGAGAUAGUAUCUAGCCAUCAUGACUAGGAGCCCUUGGCAGCCAUAGAAAAUAUGACUGCUUUUGGGUGGGUUGGGUAAGGUUAGGUUCCAGAACUGUGGCUGGAUCUAGAGACAUUAAAAAAAACAUUUCAGGAAAACUUCAUUAUGGGAAAUCAAGUUGGUGGAAGACGGGACUCCACGGCGCCAUCUGGUGUCACAGUGUUAUAACGCAUUUAAAACGCUAUUUAUAACGCAUAUUAAAACGUAGCUGAGUCCCAUGAGCUGGAAAAGAUCCGGUGCUUUAACCCACUUUAAUUGGGUAAACAUAAAUUUCCCCUGCAUCCUUGAACCCCUCCUACAGAACAGUGCCAGUCCAGACACACCCUUAUUCCCAGGUAAUAUAAUAUCCCGGCAGUAGCUUAAAACAGUGCCAACACUGCGUAUAUUAAAUCCAGCAGUUAUCAAAACAUGACUUUAAAAUAGCAGCAGUUUUAAGCGCAGAGCAAUAAAACAUUAAUUAAAAGCAGCUUGGAGCAGAGAAGUCUUCAGGGCACAUUAAAAAAAACUGACAAGAGAAAGAACCAGAUUCACCGGCUUAGGAGUGCUAGAAGAUGUCAACUAAAUGAGACUGUUUCCUGCCACCCUAAUACCCAAGAGAUGAGAGACUCCAUGGGUUCCAGGCAUUUAUUCAGGGUUCUGUUUCCUUGGAAUGACGAAGACUGUGGUGUCUUUAGAAUAUAUGGCUUUAUUCACACAUAUCCACAAGGAUGUGUUCUAUGGGAGCUUUCUUCAGGCACCAGGCUGGUUGGCAGACCAAUUCUUCAUUACAACGGUGUCUACGAAGGUGGCAUGAAGGCUGGCAGUGUUAACCAUGCCAUGAGGGAAUCCAUUGCAGACAACCGCAGUCCCUGCAGUGACCAGUCAGGUGACCAGAGGAGGCAUGACCUCUGGGAGGCGCGCAGAGAAAAGAAACGACAUAGUACAUCUGCAGCAGCACAACUGGAUGCCUUCAUCUGCCCCGGCUGCAACAAAACAUGUCUCUCCCAGAAUCUUUUUAUAUGCAACAGCCGCCGCAAGGUUAUUGAUUGCAAAAAACUGGAAAUCAGAAGAAGUACCAACACUGAAAGAUUGGCAACAUAAUUUUUUUGAAAUGAUUGAAUUAGCAAAAAUGACGGCAACAAUUAGAACGCAAUCUAAUCAAAAUCUCAAACAGGAAUGGAAAUGUGUAGAAGAACACAUGACCAAAAGAUGCUCCAACAUGAAUUUACUGAUAUGUAUAGACUGAUUUCACAAAGUUAAGUUGAGCUAAACAGAUAUAUAAAAAUGAAUGUUUAAUUAUUAAGAUACAAAAUUACAAUCUCAAUAAUAAAGUUACAAAAUAAUAACAAGGAAGUCAUGUAUGGGUGGAGGGAAGACACAGGGCAAGAAAUAAGAAAUGGAUAAAUGUUGGUACAUAAUGAAAUGUGAAAAUGUGAAUUUACGAAUAUAAUGUACAGGUAUAUGUAUCAGGUAUAUGUAUCACUAUGUGAAGAGUUCAUAUAUGUAUUGCAACAUUAAUAAUAAAUAAAACAACAACAACAACAACAAAAUGUCUCUCCCAUAUCAGUUUCUACAGCCACAGCAGGGGCUGUAACUCUCCAAUGAUUUGACUUUACCCCCAAAGGUACGCUCCCUUGUCUCCUGAGACAGACAGGUGCCAAGAACAAUGCAUAGAUGGAAGAUCAGCACUCAUACCACACUGGUCAAAGUUCUCCUACCUAGCAGGUACGAAAGUCGGAAGGUUGGCAAUUCGAAUCGGUGCGACGGGGUGAGGUCCCAUUGCUUUGUCCCAGCUUCUGCCAACCUAGCAGUUUGAAAGCACACCAGUGAAAGUAGAUAAAAAGGUAAAUGGCGUUUCUGUGUGCUCUGGUUUCCGUCACGGUGUUCCAUUGCACCAGAAGUGGUUUAAUCAUGCUGGCCACAUGACCCGGAAAGCCGUCUGUGGACAAAUGCUGGCUCCCUUGACCUGAAAAAUGAGAUGAGUGCCGCACCCCAUAGUCACCUUUGAUUGGACCUAACCGUCCAGGGGUCAUUUACCUUAUACCAGGGGUCAGCAAACUUUUUCAGCAGGGGGCCGGUCCACUGACCCUCAGACCUUGUGGGGGGCCAGGUUAUAUUUUGAAAAAAUAUAUAUGAAUGAAUUCCUAUGCCGCACAAAUAACCCAGAGAUGCAUUUUAAAUAAAAGCACACAUUCUACUCAUGUAAAAACACCAGGCAGGCCCCACAAAUAACCCAGAGAUGUAUUUUAAAUAAAAGGACACAUUCUACUCAUGUAAAAACACGCUGAUUCCCGGACUGUCUGCGGGCUGGAUUGAGAAGGUGAUUGGGCCGGAUCCAGCCCCCAGGCCUUAGUUUGCCUACCCAUGCCUUAUAGCAUUUACCGUAUUUUUCGCUCUAUAAGACGCACUUUCCCGCUCCUAAAAAGUAAGGGGAAAUUUGUGUGCGUCUUAUGGAGUGAAUGCACGCGGGAGGCUCUGCUCAGCGCUCCCUUUAAAGAGCCGUGUGGAGCGUGUGUGCAGCUCUUUGGGGCUUUUCCCCGAGGAGGGAAAAGGGCUGCCCUUCUCCUCCUUGGAGGAGCGUGGCUCUUGGGGGAACCUUAGCUGUGAGCAGCCUCUCCCGGGCAGGGGAUGAAGGUUCCCUUUGCCCGGGAGAGGCUGCCCGCGGCUAAGCCAGAAGCCAGGACAGCGAGCGGAAUCGAUUCUGCUGGCUGUCUUGGCUUAUGCCAUAGCCACGCGCAGCCUCUCCUGGCCGGGGAGGCGGCGUGUGGCCAAACAGGAAGCCAGGACAGCCAGCGGGAUUGCUGCGCUGCGAUCCCUCUGGCUGUUCUAGCUUCUGGCUUAGCCAUACAAAGCCUCCUCAGGGGAGUGGGAGCCUUCAUCCUGCUGCCCUGCGGAGGCUCUGUGUGGCUAUCCCUGACUUUUGCGGGAGCGCGCAGCUCUUGGGGGAGGGAAGCUAGUAGGCUUGCUUUCGCUUAAGCCAGGAGGGCAAGAGGGAUUGGUGCGCACUGAUCCCGCUUGCUCUCCUGGCUUCAGGGAUAGCCCCGCAAAGCCUCCUGAGUGAAGAUGGAGGAGCACUCCCUCUUAGCUCAGGAUGCUUUGCGUUGCUUUCUUAUUUCUUGUUUUCCUCCCCUAAAAACUAGGUGCAUCUUGUUGUCCGGUGCGUCUAAUAGAGCGAAAAAUACGGUACUUUGCUCAGUGGUUCCCCCCCCUAAAAAUAACGUUUAGGGGUACUCUCAUCUUGACUCAAGAAAACCACAAUUUUAUAGUUCAAAUCGGGGGAAAUAAAUACAGUAAAUGGACAAAAGUACAAAGAUUCACAAAAUGUUUAGGGGUAUGUGUACCCCUGCGUUCCCCCAAAGAAAGCACUGACCUUACCUUGCAGCUAGGUGAUGGAGUGGAAGAAAGACCCACCAAUCAGCCUUGGAGGGGAGCAUCAUCACUUAGCUGCAGCCCUUGCAAACUGACUCAUUAUUUUGGGAUGCUGAUGAGGACACUUUUAUGGCCAGCUAAUGUCACUGACGAGGGCAGUAACCUCCAUCAGAUUCCAACCCUCUCAGGGCACAAGACCCCAAGAACUGGGAGGGACUCGGGACAUCACCCAGACUGACCCCCCCCCAAACCCACAACCAUGAAGAUUUUAAAAUUUAUUCUAAGUAAAGCAAGGAAACUAUGCCCCUUCCUGUUUUGUUGGACCACAUUUCCCAUCAUCCUUGACCACUGGCCAUGUGACCUGAGGCUCAUGUGAGCUGGAGUCUUUCUGACAAGAUCUGGAGAGCCACGGAUUUAAAGGAUCUCCCUCCUUCGAAAUUGCCAAGGGCGCGGGGACAGAGACGAAAAGGGCUUUUAGUUCCCAAAGCACUAGAAUAAUCUUCCAUAAGAAAUAGAAAUGCAAUAAAAUUGAUUAAACUUGUUAAAAGAAGGUGCCAAAACAAGCAAUUAGGACCAUCCAGGAACAGAAUUGAAAACAGAACUGCCAAUAUAAUGCUGUUAUGCAGAUCUCUGGUGCGGUUGCAUUUGGGAUUCUGGUUGCGUCGCCUCAAAACUGAUAUUGCAGAGUUGGGAAAAGGUUCAGAAAAGGGCAGCCAAACUGAUCGAGGGGAUGGAGCAACUCUGCUAUAUGAGGAAAGGUUGUAGCUUUGGGAACUUUUUCGUUUAUAGAAAAGGUGAGUCAGAAGAGACAUGAUACAAAUUUAUAAAAUUAUACAUGGAUAGCGAAGAGUUUCUCCCUCUCUUGUAACAACAUAACUUGUGGACACCCAAAGAAGUUGAAGAAGUACCGACGAAAGAAGAAUGGAGGAUGAAGUUGAUGGACUAUGCAGAAUUAGAUAAAUUAACAGGAAGGAUUCGAAACCUGUGGGAUCAGAGAUUCUUAGAGGACUGGAGUAAACAUAUGAACUAUUUGAAAAGUAAUUGCGACGAACAGAUUAUGCUAGUAGGACUGCAAGAAGUUUUGUAAGGUGGAUAAUCUGAAAUAUUACAAGAAAGACUAUGGAAAGAAUUAUUAGUUAAGGACAAUUAAAUGCAAUAUAGAAAUUAAGAAAUGCAGAAUAAGUGAUAAAGAACGGAAAAUCAUCAGAGGUGUUGACGGAAGUCUAAAACAUUGUAUAAGAUGAGAAGAUAUGUUGUAUGACUGUUGGAACUGAUAUGUUAAAAAAUCAAUGAAAAUGUAUAUAUAUAAAAAAGAAGUUGAAUGCUGGAAGAUUUGGGACAGAUAAAAGAAAGGACUUAUUCAUGCAGCACAAAGUUAAACUAUGGAACUCCCUGCCACUGGAGGCAGUGAUGGCUACCAAGCUGGGUGGUUUCAAAAGAGGAUUGGACAAAUUGGUGGCUAUCAGUGGCUACUAGCCAGGGUGGCUAUGCUCUGUCUCCACAAUCGGAGGCAGAAAUGCUUCCAGACAUCAGUUUCUGGAAACCACAGGAGGGGAGAGGGGCUCUCGGGCUCGGAUCUGGUCAGCCACUGUGAGAACAGGACGCUGGACUAGAUAGGCCUGCUCUAACAUGUUCUUAUGUUCUCAUCUUCUUAUGAUCCCUGUGGAAGGUCUGCUGCAUUGGAUACAAACCUUUCAUUUCCAUAGAUGGGGCGCCACCACCAGAAAGACACUCUUUCCAGUCUCCACCUGCUCCAGCUCAGAAAGCAGAUGUUGUCCCUUCAGAGAGCCCUGGGGAGAGGAGAUUCCCAGUUGCCUGCCUCCUCUCUCGGUAGCUUUGAAACAGCUCAGUGAACACGUAAAAACAGGGUUUUGUGUUAGCUGUUUUUCUGAGUCACGCAGAGAGAUGCAGCGGCUUCACCCUCGAAGCCUUAGUGAUGAAGUAGAUUCCACACACAAGACUCUUUGCUUGCAGGGUGCCAACUAUUAACGAGCUGUUUUAUUUAUGCAUGUCAAGUCCAAUGCAAUGCAAUUCUCUCCCUUGAGCCCAAGAGAGGGUUUUCUUGCUUCCAAAACUCCUUUGUAGCCAACACAUAAGUUACAAGAUUUUGCAGCUGUUGCAGAGGUUUUCCUUCCCCCCCAUGUACAAUUUAUUAUUUACAGAAUGCAUCUUCUAACCAAUACAGUACAAAUACUGACAUUUUGUGCCUCCCCAGGGGGAUCGCCAUGGCUCGCCAGAAGCCCUCGCAACCUCAGCCGUCGGAGCUGUCGCCGGUGCAGCCGACUCCUGGCUGCAAAGUGGUGGCGCCGCCCACUGCGUGCAGCGGGUUCCUGGGGUCCUUCCUCAACGGCGUCAAGAUGGUCCUGAGCAUCAUCUUGUUCCUGGGCCUCUGCGCCUUCACGGCCUACGUUGCCUUGCUCUGCACCGCCCUGCUGUUUGCGGCCGUCCAGGUCCUCUUCAGCACCCUCAUCCCGUCAGCUCUCCUCAUCCUGCAGUUCCUGCUCUCCGCCAUGCUGCUCCUCUUCUGCCUGCAGUGGAUGAGCGAGAUCUUGUCACAGCAGUUCCACGUCCAUGACCCGGUUUUGUGA